UCCGGUUUCGGUGAUUGACAAGUCAACAAAACAUAUGAUGGCCCUUGCGCUGAUGUAAUCAAUUGCAAUUAGUCCGUGACAGAUACGUUCAUGGUAUAUGUUAAUUGUUAAACCAGUCGGUUAGGUUAAAAUGGCAGCCAACCAGCAAGAGGUUCAUGUAGAGGAUUUACAAAUUGGUGAUGGGGAUGGCGAUGAUUUGGUUACCCCAUGGGACGUGCAAGGUUCCUCCGCAAAGGGGGUUGAUUAUGAUAAACUUAUAAAAAGAUUUGGAAGUCAAAAGGUGGAUGAUGUCAUUGUUAAACGGAUUGAGCAGGUCACAGGCAAACCAGCACAUCAUUUUUUACGACGUGGAAUCUUUUUUUCACAUAGGGAUAUGCACUUGAUUUUGAACAUGUAUGAGAAGAAACAACCCUUCUACCUGUAUACUGGCCGGGGACCAUCGUCUGACUCCAUGCAUAUGGGACAUCUUAUACCUUUCCUCUUCACAAAAUGGCUACAAGAAACAUUUGAUGUUCCGCUGGUCAUCCAGCUAACAGAUGAUGAAAAGUUCCUGUGGAAAGAUCUGACACUGGAGGAGGCAAACAGGCUGGCAUAUGAAAAUGCAAAAGAUAUCAUUGCAGUUGGAUUUGAUGUCAACAAGACGUUCAUCUUCAGUGAUAUGGAUUAUAUUGGAUCUUGUCCUGAAUUUUACAAGAAUAUGUGUCGUGUGGAAAAGUUAGUGACGUUCAAUCAAGUGAAGGGGAUUUUUGGAUUUGGGGACAGUGACUGCAUUGGGAAAAUAAGCUUCCCUGCAAUCCAGGCAGCCCCAAGUUUCAGUUCGUCGUUUCCACACAUUUUCAACAGAAAGACAAACAUACCGUGCUUAAUUCCUUGUGCCAUUGAUCAGGAUCCAUAUUUUCGAAUGACGCGAGACGUUGCCCCUCGUAUGGGUUGUCACAAGCCAGCACUGCUUCAUUCUACAUUCUUCCCAGCUCUACAGGGAGCACAGAGCAAGAUGAGUGCCAGCGACCCGAACUCAUCGAUAUUCCUCACCGACACAAAUAAACAGAUAAAAGACAAAAUUAAUAAAUAUGCAUUUUCUGGAGGCGGUACAACAGUGGAUGAACAUCGAGAAAAGGGAGGCAACUGUGAUAUAGACGUAUCUUAUCAGUACCUGACAUUUUUCUUAGAGGAUGAUGAAAAGCUAGAAAAAAUUAGAAUGGACUACUCGAGUGGAGAGCUGCUAACAGGCUUUCUCAAGAAGGAGCUGAUUGGUAUACUGCAGGACCUGGUGUCAAAACACCGAGACCGACGGGCUCAAGUGACGGAUGAUGUUGUUAAACAGUUUAUGACACCAAGAAAACUCAAAUACGACUACUGAUAGCAAACAGUCGGUGUAUGAUCAGAAAAACACCACACAUUAAUUUAUUUAUUUAAAAGAAAUCUCUGCUUUGGGCCACUUAAAGGCACUUAGUCUUGUUACAAACACAUUUAGAUGAAGUUUCUAUCAAAAACAUCUGGCGACAAUCAAAUGAAUACAACAAGACAUUGUUUUGAGCUUCUAUUGAUGUUAGGAUUACCAAGAACAUAAUGUGUAUAAAAAAAAAGAAACCCAAGUUUUAACCAGAAGUACUGCCCAAUGUUUUUAAGGGGACCAUGUGCCUUUAAUGGAAAAAAAUAUAUAUUGGGUCAACCUUUUCAACACCAUGAAGCAUUUUGGAAAACAAUGUUUUCAAAAGAAUGGAUAGUAGAGUGAUGACAAAUGGGGGAGAAGGGUUAGUUUUAUUGCAAGUUAUUGCAAAUCAAUUUGCAAACAUUGAAGUGUAUUUUUGCAAAUGACAGAUACCGGUAAUAUAGAUAAUUAUUUUAUAUUAUAUUUUGUUUUUUUAGCCCUCUCAAGUGAUUACACAUAACAGGCUACUGGGCUCUUUGAUGUAGAAUAAAAUAAUGCCUCUGUGAUAUGUUCAUUCGUAAUUUUAAAUCGGUAUUUUCUGCUAGUGAUGCCAACCUGUGCUUAAUUGAUGAUCCCAAAUGGUAAUUACUAGAAAUGUGCUGAAUUACCAGUACACCGACAUAAUUCAGUAGGAAAGUAAUACUUAUAGAACAAACGUAUCUCGAUUGCAUGGAUCUCUAUCUAGUGUCUCAUCUAUUGGAGGACAGUCACUCCCGAGAUUCUUUACUGGACAAGGCAUUCUUCUUGCAACACUCCAAGGACUGCCAUUCCCAGACUAACAAACUAUUUGAUAUGCUCAAGCAAGCUCCUGCAAAUUAUUUGCAGUAUGACAAGAAAUUAAUGGCUUCAUUCUCAAUAUGUUAUAUUUGUCAUAUGUAUAGAACAUGCAUUUGGUCUGAAUAUUUAGUCAAAAGCAAAUGGGUAGAUUCAGAGAGGUCAUAUAAUAGGUUGCUACUAGCAGGAUAAUACUUUGCUUUAUCUGGUCAUCAUAUUUUCACAGUACAAAGUACAUGCAGUUCCAAGAUAAAUUGUGAUAAACUACACCUGCACCAAUACAAUGAUAAUAAAAGAAACAUCUUUUCUUUCUUUUGGGGGGGGGGGGGGGGGGGGGGGGGGGGGGAGUGACACAUGCAACAUUUCACCAACAAAUAGGUGGCCACCAGUAGUAAUUUGUGAUCUAUUCAUAAAAUUAAUAUCCUAUCAAUGUAAUUUUAUUCCAAGACAUAAUGUGAUCAGAUCUGUUAUUUUUCAUGUACUGGUUUUUGUUUUAUGGAGAUAAAAAUUGGGCAAGUGAAUUUUUAAGCAUGGCCAGUGAAUUUUCAAAUCCACUGACCCAAUGGCAAAUGAAUUAAAAGCAUAUUCUAGAA